AUGGUUGUUGAUAGAAAAUACAUGCGCCAGAAGACAUCAAGUAAGGAAGACCGUAAUGAUGAUUCAUAUGGCGAGGAAGAGGAAGAAGAAGAACCUUCGGUCACACGUGAUACUUUUAUUUCAAUGAAGAACAAGACUUUACGUAUUAUGGAGCAAGAACAUUCCCUGGAUAACUUUGAUCUCCUAGGUCUCCCACCCCUUGGCGAUCUCUCACAACUGAACGAAGACGCUAUAGAAAUGCUUGAAAAGCGAUUGAAUGAUCUCCGAGAGAUUUAUCAUAACUCCAGAGCUGAACUUCUUAUGAUGGAAAGGAAAAGGAGGAAAAAGGCCGAGAAGAGGAAAGAACGAGAAAGAGCACUUCGUGAAGCUUCAGCUUUGGAGAAGUCACAGUGA